AAACAUUUCAAAAUUUUGUACUUCCCGAACUUUUAUGAAAAUAACUAAUAAGAUAGCAAAUCAUGAAGCUUAAGAUCAAAUGUUUUGCUUUAUUGUUCACAGACGAAAAUAAUACUGAAAGCUUUGUCAAGAUACAGUACAAAUAUUUUUAUUUUUAUUAAUUCAAAAGGCUUGGAUUUGAAUGGAUCGAGAAGCUUAUCUAACUAGCCUGAUCAUAUAAUAAAUUUGAUAUAAUUAAAUAAAUGGUGUCAAGCCUGAUCAAUUUAGCAAAUAAAUGAAUAUAAAAUGGAAUGGACAACUUAGGACUUUAUUAAUGCUUAGAACAAAAAUUAACCGUUUAUUAAAAAUUAUUAACAUUAUUAAAAAAUUAGUAAUUGAAAUUAUUAACAGUUUAUUAAAAAUAAUUGCUGAUCAGUUUUAAUUGAUAAUUGAUUAAUUUGUACUAUAAGCAUUGAUUAAGUCCUAUGUUGUCCAUUCCAUUUUUAAUUAGUUCAAAAUCUGAUAUUUGUAAUAGGCAUAUUUCACCACCAUUUAUUUAAUUUUUAUAAAAAUUAUUAUACGAUCGAGUUUGUGAAAUAUUUUAUUAUACACAUGUUCAUUUCAAGAGCAGUGUAAAAAAAAUAGUUUAAAAACAUUCUUUCAACUACAAUACAGAAAUAUGAAAUCGCACAUUUUGUGGAAAUUAAUAUUUAAUAUAAUUUCAUGUCCUACGAUACUUUUUUUAUCAAAAAUGCUGCCCAAAUCCUGGCCAAAUUCUGAAAUAUAAUUCCGACAUGAAUUUUUUUCCGAUGGAAAUUUUCGUUUCGAUUUAAUCCAAGCGCAUCCUCGUUUUGCAUGAUCGGAUUUUGAGUUUGAAAAGGACGGAUAUGUCGAAUCUUUAAUUCAACGUAAUGCCAAGUGUAUAAGGUUUCGAUGAUACGAAUUACAUGACAUCCUGAAUCCUCGCCUCAUCACGUCAUGAACAAAUCAACGACUAACUAGAUAACUACUUGCAUACGUAUUUUUAAUCGGCAACUCCGCCUUUACUUUUUAAAUUGGAAAAGUAAGUAAACCUAAAAAAGCAGGUAACCUUCUUUUUCGUGCUUCCUCAAUCUUUUUUUACGUAAAUGCAAAUGUAAUCCCCGAUUUGCUGUGCAUUGAACUAGAUUGCUAUUUGCGCAUCCGUAAAUGAGAUGCAUCUCUCAAGGAUUGAUUUCAUUUCAUUUUGGAUCAGAUCAUGAAUCAAUCUAGUUUACUUUCCGAGUGGGUCGUUUAAUUCUGAAAAUUUCUUUGAAAAAUGUUCCCUAAAUUUAUAGUUUUUAUGGGAAUAAUUCUCUCCAUAAUUUCAUCCUGCUCGACAUCUUUCCCAUUUUUAGCGUCGAAUAAUAAUAAUAAUAAUAACCAGGCCGAACAAGGUUUGGGGAGUAGUGGUGGUGGUGAUAAUCCUAUUCCGGGUAGGAUACAAGAUCCGAAAAACUUAUUUUGGAAACUUUUCACCCGUGGGAAAUCAUUCUUCUCGCAAAGAAGAGGAGACGAUUCUGCCAAUUUCUCCAACAAAAAUAGCUCACGCCGCACCGAUAACCGCCAUCAGCAUCGAAACCGCAAUCACGCCUUCACCCAAGCUUCCUCCUCCGACUACGACUACGAUCAACCUGAACAUCGCAUCGUCAAUGAUCACCAGCACCAAGAUCAAUCUCACUAUCAACACCAAGGUCAAGACCACGACCCUUCCCCGAAGGAAGACCUAACCGAGCACGACCACGGGUACGGAUGGCACAAAACGUCCACCUCCACCUCCGACUACGGUCAGCACAUGCAGCUCUACACGCUCCUGGGUGGCUUAUCUUUUGCCUCCUUCCUCGCCACCGCGGUCAUCCUGUUAACCCGACCCCGCCCCGUAGCCACCGCCGGAGGUCGAGGCAACACCACCUCAAUUCUCACCAAGACCAAGACCACCAUGGCGAAUUACCUCUUAAACGGAAACCGGAAAGAGGAUAACGUCGCUUAUCUUAAAGACCAGGUUGACCAGAGUCAUCACCUUUUUGUCAAAGUGCCAAAACUUUUGCACAAAUUAAGCAAGGUUUUGAGCCCGUUGUGGUACGUUCAGGAAAUGGAGAAGAGGGAAAAAGUCGAAAAUCUUGAAAAAUCCGAGGAAACCGGAAGUGACAUCGAUUUUGUUCCCCUCAAAGUCAUCAAGAUCCCAAGCGUGGAGGAAAAUUGGAGAAACUUACAUUUCUGACGAUACAUAUUUUUUUGGCACAACAUUUAUUCACAAAAAUUUGCAAAUAAGUAAGGAAAAUCCAAUUAAUUUCUGUAUUUAUAAAUUAAAUCUAUCCGAAAAACAGAUCAUCUUCUAGGUAAAUAAAACUAAUCAUUCUUUGAUUGAAUUGAUAAUCAAUAUUGGUAUAAAAAA